UCCUACAUUGCUUAACUCGAUCCUUCGCCCUUUUGCUUUCACACUCCUUUCUAGUUUGCUCUUGCUGAUCGAUCUCCUGAUUAUAUUAUUGCCUUCUCCUUGUUCUGUUGUUGUUGUUGGAUUAUAGCCAUGGAGCUUCAGCUGGGUCUUGCUCUUCCGACCAAUCCGACCAAAGGCUUCGAUUUAAAUUACUAUGGUUACGAGCCUAAGGAGGUCGUGGUCUCGGGGCUCUGGUUCGAUGGCAAUAAUUGCUACGUGUCUAGCCACCAAGACAUCAAUAUUGACGACAACAAAAAACGUAGUUUUUCCCAAGCCUUUGAGAAUAGUAGCACAGAUAGAGCCGUGCCUCGAACGCUUCCUUUGCUGCUUUGGAACAACCGUCCCAACGAGGAAGACGAUCCCAAAGACCCCAACAAUCAUCACUCUUUAUUCGCUUUUAACAAAAAUGAUGAUGGGGAUCGAGAUGGUGUGGUGGGGUGGCCGCCGAUCAAGUCAUGGAGGAAUAAUAAUAAUAAGAGGGUUUGCCACGACAACCAAGGUGGUCGGAGGUUAUUGGAGAAUGCGUAUGCUUAUUGUGGAGGCAGAAGAUCAAACUCCAUGUACGUCAAGGUGAAGAUGGAAGGAGUUGCAAUUGGCAGAAAAAUCGACUUAACCCUCCAUAAUUCCUUUCAAACGCUCACGGAUACCCUCAUUGACAUGUUUCAGAAAUGGUUGUUGGAAACAGGUCAGAAAAACUCGAACAUCUACAAGCUCGCUUACCAAGACAAGGAAGGAGACUGGCUGUACACUGAAGACGUAUCUUGGAGGACUUUCAUCGGGUCUGUGCAACGUCUCAAGUUGCUGAAGAGCAGCAGUAAAUGAGCAAACAGUACUUAUCGUAACCCGCAGCGUUUUAGCUCUAUAUUUAAAGGGUCUGUAGACUCUCGUAUGGAUUUUGUGACAUGAAUUUUGGAUGACUACGUAAAUAUAGUUUAUUUAGAAGUAGAACAUCCUAGCUAGUGCUAUAACCUAUGGAUAACCGUUUACCCCAAAGUAAGAGGGAAAAAAAAAAAAAAAAAAAAAAACAUAAUUAUAGUUAGAUCUGCUUAAAAUUUCUUUCUUUCCUUCUUGUUAAUGAAUAAUUAGCUGGAAUUUCUUCUUUA